GACAUUUUUAUGAUAACAUAAAACUACUUGGCAUACUUGUUUUUUUUUAUCUAGGCUAUUUACAGGAUGGACUAGAAUGUGCCGCAUGAAUGCAUUAGAUUGAUGUUAUUAUUUCAGGUAUAUUUUAGCCACUAAAGCAUGUGUAGCAUGCAUGCUGAAAGGAAGGAGUACAAGAAAACUGAUAUGUGGAUCGUACAAAGGUUUCAACUAUUUUUCUACAUCCGAUCUUGGUAGCCCAUUAAGUGGUGUAAGGAUUAUUGACUUGACUCGAAUAGUAGCUGGUCCAUUUUGUACCAUGAUUUUAGGAGAUUUAGGAGCAGAAGUUUACAAGAUUGAGCAGCCUGAAGGGGGAGACGAAGCUAGAAAAUGGGGCCCUCCCUACGUUAAAGAAUCGGAGCUUACCUGCUACUUUGUGUGCCUUAACAGAAAUAAGAAAAGUGUUUGUGUAAAUUUGAAAACUCCCGAGGGCGUAGAAGUUAUCAACGAUUUAGCAAAAGUCAGUGAUGUACUGAUUGAAAACUUUGUCCCCGGUAAGUUAGAUGACCUAGGUAUUGGUUACAACUCACUAAAAAAGAUAGCUCCUCAUCUUAUAUACCUCUCUCUGACUGGGUACGGCUCAAAAGGACCUUACAGCAAGAGACCUGGGUACGACGUGAUCGCUGCCUCCAUCGGUGGACUCCUGCACAUCACAGGCCCAGAAAACGGAGAUCCAUGCAAGCCUGGGGUAGCCAUGACUGACUUGGCGACCGGACUGUUUGCACACGGAGCAAUACUAGCAGCUCUGCUACAUAGAGCAAAGACAGGCAGAGGGCAGAAAAUUGACUGCAAUCUUCUCUCAACACAAAUAGCCAGUUUAAUAAACAUUGGAUCCAACUAUCUCAAUGCUGGGAAAGAAGCUAAGAAGUGGGGGACAGCACAUGAGAGUAUCGUGCCUUAUGAAACAUUUGCUACUGCUGAUGGUUAUCUGACUGUAGGAACAGGUUCAGAUCAACAGUUUAAAUCACUUUGUCAGAGAAUUAAUCUUGUCGAGCUGUAUAAAGAUGUGAGGUUUGCAACCAACAAGGAACGGGUUAAGAACCGAAAGGCUUUAAUAAGACAAUUAAUAAACGUUUUUAUAUCAAAGUCCACAGCAGAAUGGCUGAAGACUUUGGAGGGUUCUGCUUUUCCUUAUGGACAAGUGAAUACACUAUCUCAGGUGUUUGAGGAUGAGCACGUGAAGGCCAUAGAGCUAGUCCAGGAUGUGAAGCUGGUAGAUGGAUCUACUGUGAAACUUGUCGGACCACCAGUGGAAUAUUCUGACAGCACAAAUUGUAUACACUCCCCUCCACCUCUUCUGGGAGAGCAUACAGACCAUGUUUUGUCACAAGUGCUGAAUUAUUCGCCAGAAAAAAUCGGAGAACUGAAAAAGAAUGGCCAUAUAAAGUAAAUCAAAAUGACCGGGAUACUGGAUAUGGGAUGUGGAGCGAGUGCCGUCCUAUUCUUUGCUGUGGGGUCAUGAACUGUCAAAACCGUCAGGUUGGCCCGAGUGCCGUUUGACUCCCCAGAGCGUAAGAGUGAUUCAGGGGUUUUAGUGGAAGGGGUGUAGUGGGCAGGAGGUAAAAAAGACCGGAAACAGUUUCUUAACCGGGCUACCCUAAUAUCGAUUAAAAAUAUUGAUUCUAUUAGUAAACCUUCAUAACAUUUUUUCAUAAUCAGCAAGUUUGGUUAGGUUAGGUUUUAUAGGUUGUAUUUGCUAGGUUGUGGCAAUAGUUUGAUUUAAUUUGACCAAUUUGUUUAUUUCGUACUAAGCCAUCAACAUGUCUUACAAAAACAUGUACCUCAGAUGCUGACAUGUAAUGUGCUGACAUUACCUUCCUGUAGCAUCAACCCUAAGUAGGUUACUCAUUAAAAUCAAUGUUAUUUAUAAAGGAAAUAAAUCUAAAAAAUUUAGGGGAACAUUAUUGCGCAAAAUCCAACCAGGUAAAUGAAAAUUCGCUUAGUCUGCAUUCUGCAGGUUUGCUGUGGCAAGGUAUCAUACUAUGAUUGUUAAAAUAUCAUAAAAGAUGCUAUAGCUCACAAUAAGCUGCCUAUUCAGUCCUUGGUUUGGUUAAAAGUUGGUGUAAUGGACAGAAACCAGUGAUUGACUUAUGCACACUCCAUCAGUGGCUCAAUUAAACAAUAUAUUUACUUGUCUGUAAACAAAUUUAAAUGUUGAAAUGCUACCAAAAAUUUAACAUUAUUCCUGUAUGUAGUGUUAUAGUUUAAACUAAUAUCCAAACUAA